CCGCCGAGUGGGGCCACCCGUCGGACAACAUUGGCGCAAUCCUUUCCGUCGCUGACUGGUUGUCGCGCACCAACGCCGCCGAGGGCAAGGCUGCGCUGACGGUGCGCGACGUGCUAACCGCCGCGAUCAAAGCGCACGAGAUCCAGGGCUGCAUGGCGCUGGAGAACUCGUUCAACCGCGUCGGCCUUGACCACGUCAUCCUCGUCAAGCUCGCUUCGGCUGCAGUCGUGUCGAAGAUGCUCGGCAACACACGCGAGCAAACCGUCGACGUCGUCUCACAGGUUUUUGUCGACGGCGCCGCGCUGCGCACCUACCGCCACGCACCCAACGCUGGCUCACGAAAGUCGUGGGCCGCCGGUGAUGCUUGCAGCCGCGCGGUCAACCUCGCGCUGGUCGUCAAGAACGGCGAGAUGGGCUACAACUCGGUGCUGAGCGCCAAGACGUGGGGCUUCUACGACGUCGAGUUCAAGGGCCAACCGUUCAAGUUCCAGCGGCCGUACGGCUCGUACGUCAUGGAGAACGUGCUGUUCAAGCUGCGCGCCGCCGAGUUCCACGCGCAGUCGGCCGUUGAGGCGAGCAUCCAGCUGUCCAAGGAGAUGAAGCAAGCCGGCAAGACGUCCGAUGACAUUAAGGCCAUCCGGCUCGGCACACAGGAGGCCGGCGUCCGCAUCAUCUCCAAGGCGGGCAAGCUGAACAACUACGCGGAUCGCGACCACUCACUGCAGUACAUGGUCGCUGUCCCGCUCAUCCACGGAGACCUCGAGCCACACAUGUACACGGACGACUUUGCGCAGGACCCGCGCAUCGACCGCCUGCGCAGCCUCAUGGUCGUUGAGGAGGACGCGCGCUUCACCCGAGAGUACCUCGAGCCCGAGAAGCGCGCUAUCGGCAACAGCGUCCAGAUCACGUUCCUUGACGGCACGACCAUCGCUCGCUCGCUUGACUACGUGAGUGCCCCGUACUGUGCUCUGUGAUACCCUUCGUUGCCACGUGCAAACACGCUUUCCACGAGCAGAACCCAAGAUCGGAGCUACUGCUGACCCUGCUGCUAUUGCCUUUU